UCGUGUCUCGCUAGAGGGAGCGCGCGCGGUCUCAACCCGGAACGUCAUGAUGACGUCACCCCCUCCGCGACGAAGCGCGGCGCUCGAAAGCGUUCAGUAAACUUGAUGUUUUGAGCGUGUUAAGGUAAUAAAGCGAACGCUUUCACUCCAAAUGGAAUUCGUGACUGAUUCCGGCUUCGAAAUGAAACGAGUUGUGUAUUUAUUUCGAUACAAAUCUCGUGUGCGUCAGUAAGGACGUUAAAGAUAACGUCUUUCAAGAUAUUCGUGUUUAGUAUCGCUUUCAGUGAACACUAGGGCUGUACUAGUACUUUUCUAGUAUGUAUCUAGGGGAACAUGGAUGUGAGCCAUUCCAUUCGUGAACGCACCAUCGCCGAGAACAGUCUGGUGAUUCUUCUGCAGGGUCUGCAUGGCCAGGUGACCACCGUUGACCUGCGAGAUGAGAGCACGGCGAGGGGACGCGUCAUUAACGUGGACGCUUUCAUGAACAUCCGGCUGGAGAAGGUUCUGUACAGAGACCGGCGCGGACGCGUGUCCAGUAUGGACGACUUGUUCAUCACGGGCGGAAACGUGCGCUACGUCCACAUCCCGGACCACAUGAACAUUAUAGAAACAGUAGAGACCCAGCUCGCCAAAAUACACCGCGUGCGAAACUUCGGAGCAAGUGGCGGACGCAAAGAAUACUCCAAGAAAAAAUAGUUUUUGUGAGAAACUCGUGUUUGUCUUGUGUGCAGCAUUCAUUUUUAUUAACUAAUGCGAUCACAGACAAAAUGCAAUGCAUAGUUUAGUUUAAAGUGUUGCUAGUUGGUGACUGAAAGAGCUCUGAAUAUAAUUUCUAGGAAAAGUCUUUCUGUUAAGUUUGCACUAUACUAGUGGUUUGAGAAAGCAGUAAAAUAUGAAAUAAGCAGUGAUCGACGAAUUGCCUAAGUUAACAUUGUUUUUGAUUAAACAAAUCAUACCUUUGAAUAUUUGUUCUAUUAAUUUCUUAAUCACAAUAAUGUUUAUAUGCUAAUAUAGUUAUUUUUUAAAAAAAACAAUAAAAAACAUUGUUUGCAGUGUAA